GGACCUGUCUCCGCGGCAACGGGAGCCGGGGCCGCUGGAGGUGCCGUGGGGCUGCCGCACCGCACCGUACUGCGCCGAGCCGGGCCGGGCCGGGCCUCGCCGCGGUGCCGACCCCCGCGGAUCCUCAGGAGGACGCCCCCUUCAUCCUCGCGCGUAGGAGGCACCUCGCCCUUCAGAAGCAGCGGCUCCUCUCCCGCCGCACAAGGACCGAAAGAUGAAGUGGCUAAAUGUCAUGCCCAAACAGUGCAUUUUGCUGAUGACAUGUCUUCUAAUGGCCUUGGAAGCUGUACCCAUAGACAUAGAUAAGACAAAAGUUAAAGGACAAGGCCACGUAGAAGGAGAGAAAGUAGAAAAUCCAGAUACAGGACUUUAUUAUGAUGAAUAUCUCAGGCAAGUAAUAGAUGUCUUGGAAACAGAUAAACAUUUCAGGGAGAAACUCCAGACUGCUGACAUAGAGGAAAUAAAGAGUGGAAAACUAAGCAGAGAGCUUGAUUUAGUAAGCCACCAUGUGAGAACACGGCUGGAUGAACUAAAAAGACAAGAGGUGGCAAGAUUAAGAAUGUUAAUUAAAGCUAAAAUGGAUUCUGUUCAAGACACUGGUAUAGACCAUCAGUCUCUCCUUAAGCAGUUUGAACACCUGAACCAUCAAAAUCCUGAUACGUUUGAGCCUAAAGACUUAGAUAUGUUGAUCAAAGCAGCUACAAGUGACCUGGAAAACUAUGAUAAGACUCGCCAUGAGGAGUUUAAGAAAUACGAGAUGAUGAAAGAGCAUGAGAGGAGAGAGUAUUUGAAAACACUGGAUGAAGAAAAGAGACAGCGAGAAGAAUCUAAAUUUGAGGAGAUGAAGAAAAAACAUGGAGAUCACCCUAAAGUUCACCAUCCUGGAAGCAAAGAUCAACUGAAAGAGGUGUGGGAAGAAGCAGAUGGACUUGAUCCUAAUGAAUUUGACCCCAAAACAUUUUUCAAAUUACACGAUGUCAAUAAUGAUGGUUUCCUGGAUGAGCAAGAACUAGAAGCUCUGUUUACUAAAGAGCUCGAAAAAGUUUAUGAUCCCAAAAAUGAAGAGGAUGACAUGGUUGAAAUGGAAGAGGAAAGGCUAAGAAUGAGAGAACACGUAAUGAAUGAGGUUGACAUCAACAAGGACCGGCUAGUGACAUUGGAAGAGUUCCUGCGAGCUACAGAGAAAAAAGAAUUUUUGGAGCCAGACAGCUGGGAGACACUAGAUCAACAGCAGCUCUUCACUGAAGAUGAGCUGAAAGAAUUUGAAAGUCAUAUUUCGCAGCAGGAAGAUGAACUUAGAAAGAAGGCAGAAGAUCUUCAGAAGCAAAAGGAAGAGCUACAAAGGCAGCAUGAUCAGCUUCAGGCUCAGAAGCAAGAGCUUCAACAGGUUGUAAAACAAAUGGAACAAAAGAAACUACAGCAAGGAAAUCCUCCUGCAGGACCAGGUGGAGAACUGAAAUUCCAACCCCCUGGGGAACACAAAGUUGGAGAUGCACCAAAACAUCCUGCAGGAGGUGAUCAGCCUUUACCACCAGGACAUGUCCAGGAACCAGCUGCUAGAACUGAUCAAGUUCACCCUUAACCACUUGUGCCUCAACUUUAUAGCAUCUUCUUUUUUUUUUUUUUUUUCCCCCUCUCCUUUUUUUGGGGGGGCAGGGGAGGGCAGGAAAUCAGAAUGAAACAGGAACUCUCCAUGUUCUUCCCUAGACAAUAAAAUAAUUGGAAAUAAUUGGGAGUGUUAGAGAUGAAGUAUCAGUUGGAUUUGAAUCAUAAACUAAUUUCUCCAGUGAAUCAGUGAGGAACACAACAAGGGGAUCAUUUAGAGGCUAUAAUGGAGGAGACAGUUAAGGAAACUAUUCAUAAUAAAGGGUUUUUAUGGCCAGGGCACUGAGUUGUUGAACUCUACCCUGACCAAAAGGGAGGACAUGUCUGCCAUUCUGUGUUCAGGCACAAGUGGUGAUCUUCUCAGAGAGGAAGCAGGGAACUGGCCUGAAUGUAAAUUAGGUCUAGUUUUAUGUAGAAACUCUUUCCAGAAAUGCUGAGAAGCAAAAUAUGGGGAAAUGAAGACCACAGAUAAAGGCCUACCAUUUCCAGCACUACCAAACCCUUUUGUCUUUGAGACCAAAUAAAAAUCAAACUUCUAAUCUUUAAUCACAGAAAAAUUGCACUUUCUAAAAUCUAAAUACAGCAAAGAAUUAUGUGGAACAGUGAAUAUUUUUCAUGUUUACAGAAGCCUAAGAAUUUCACUUGUAAGCCUUCAGAAGGAAUACACUUGGGGUGUACUGAUCAGAACCGUCCUCUUUGUCAAGAUAAACUCUGUGUAGCAGUUGAAUACUCAACUGGCUCUUGGGACAGUACUUCUGUCUCUGUUUCUUUCAUCAGGUGCCAGCUGAUCUCAAAAUUCUGCAUGUUAUAAAGUAAGCUUUUCUUGUUGAUGGAAAUAUUGUGCAAAACAGAGUAAGGCUCAAUGUCUUUUUCUGUACAGAUUAUCCUACCUCCUGUGAUAAUACUGGGUUUGUCGAAAUGCACUAUGUGCUUCAGAAAGCUUUUAGACAUGAAUCUUUGACUUGUUAAGAGUCUCACUAUUAACUCUUACUAGUCUUUCAGCAGUUGUAGUAAGUUCAUGAAGAGUCCUAAAACAGGGGUGCUACUUGAUUGUGUUAUUGUGAUAAUGAACCAGGAUAGGUCCCUAAUGUUGUAAGCCAAGAUUUUUCAACAAGAAGUUGAUUUUCUUGUGGGUUUUACUAUAAUGUUGAAAAGUUGAGUGAUUGUUCUUGUCAUUAAUUUCAGACUGAAAGCAUCCUAAAGUGUAAGCCCAGUUUGGGUUGUGGGGUUUUUUUUGCUAGGGGUUUUGUGGGUUUUUUCAAACAUGGAUCGUUCGGAUUGUAUAAUGCUCGCUUUGAACUGAUACACACUUUGGCAAGCACCCUUUGCAUUUCCUUCCUGUUUUGCAGCUAACUGCUGACAGUGACAUUUAAGGAGAUCAUCUGGGUUUUAAGCAAAGAAACAGAGGCAAGCCUCUGUUAUGGAAAGAUGUUUCUUUCAGAACAAGACUUGAAUAUUUUAGGCAAACUCAAAAAAGGCAAGAGGCAAUUACUAACACUUCUUAUUGACAUUUGAGAAGUUUCUCACUCUGAAGAACUUUGAUUGAUAGAAGCUAGGCAUAUUCCUUCCAUGUUUAAGGCUUCUUUCACCAGUCCCAAACAUUCUUGUUCUCCACACAACACAAUAGAACUCACUGCUGGAACAGAUUAGGUUUCCUUAUCUCUUUCAUCGUGUUAGUUGUCAUGUUGUAUUUCCUUCAUUUAUACCACUGAAACAUUUGGACUUCUUAUACUUUUUUUUUUUUUUGUUCUCCAUUCAAGUAGCUAACAGUUUCGUUUCCAAAACCAAUGUGUCCACUGUUUGUCAUUUGCAUGCAAUUUUAACAUCAGUUUGAUUAUGUCUUUGUCAGGAGACUAAAAUACCUUUCAACAACUCCAUCUGUUCACUAAAGAGGCCCAGACAGAGUUACAGCUACACCCAGGCUAACAAGAGUUUGUCCGUGCACAGCCCUGGCUUUGGGGCUCUAGCCUGAUAAUGGGUAACAGGGUGAGGAGGGACACAAAGGGGGAAUUAGUCAAACAUUGUGGAAAAGGUGUAGAGAAAUGUUUGUGUUCUCCCAUCACACGUGAAAGUUUACAGAGGACAAAUUGAUACGACAGAUGUUUGUAGAGAGUCAAGGACUGAGACCUUUGGUGUGAAGGCCUUUCUACAAUACAAAUAAUUCCUUCACACUGUAUCUGCCUCCUUCAUGUCUCUAUAUGUAACUAUGUGCUUUGUAAUAUAAUCAAGCUUUGGUUUCAGUGCAACCUCUUGCAUUUUGAUUGUAAGAUCCUGACUCUCCCUGCUGUCAGAGAUGGGCAUUAUACCCCCUUAUCCCAUUUACUUUGAAACAUCAGAGUUUUGUAAAGAAAUGUUAUAACUUGGGUGCUGAACUCAGCUCCUGCUCACCACAGAGUAAUGAGUGUCACUGGUGACUCUGAGGCAGCUGCCUGUGAGAAGCCAGAGUUUUCACUUGUUUCAUUGUGAGUUAACAUUAGCAAAAGGUCCUUGUUUUGCAUUUCAGCUACCACUGAGAUGUGUUUGGUGUAAAACAAGGCACAUCCUUCCUUCAGUUGCUCUCUCAUACCUAAGUGUUGUUCUUGUAACUUCAAUUAAUUAGUAGGCUUGCAGAUUAGCAAGAUACUACAGACUUUCUGCUCAUUACUUGAAAGUGCAAACAGGCAGAUUUUUAAACCUUAGAUUUGGUGAUUGGAUUUCUCUCAAUAAUAAUAAAGUUUUAGUCAAAUUGACAGUUAUUUGCCCUAAACUAUGUGGAAGUCAGAGCCUCAGUCCUCAAUAAUGCUCAAGUUAUUGAACUCCUACUGAACACAUCUUAAGUUUGUGGCCUAAAUGUUUUUGAGAGGAGAGCCCAAAUUAUAACUUCAUACUCAUCCAUCUAAUUCAAAAGCUUUCCACUUGUCCACAAAGAUAGCAAGGACUGAGUGGAUGUUCUUUCAAAAGAUGGUCUGUUAGGUGUGAUCUGCCAACAGACUAUGUUCACCCAAUGUUGGCCUUCUUUUUCUCCUCUGCAGAGGAAGACUGCCCCUCUUCAGGCCCAGGCUAAAAGAGGUCUCCAUUUGAGUGUAAUAAAGUUUCCAAACUAUUUUUGUGGAUCAGUUAUGAAAUGUGGUUUAAAUAACAGUUAUCUCACUGCAAGGAACAUCUGCAACAUGCUGAAGUCAUGCUUAUACCUGAAAUGUUUAGCAGACUUUUUGCUUUUCAAUGUGUUUGUUGGUUUUGAUGCUCGUGUCUUCUUUUAAUUGGUUUCUCUCUUCCGUAAAAGAGACUAAAAGUGUUAGCCACUAAAAGCAUGUUUCUGCCAUGGUACUUAUUUCUCAGGAGCUUUUUAAAGUUGAAAAAAAAAUAAUCAAUUAAACUAAGCUUACAGCUAAGUGCAGAAGUAGAAAGCUGUAAUCACAGAUAAAGAAGGGACUGGAAUAUCAUGGGUGCUUUCACCUGUACUCAGCUUUUCGUUUAGGAAGUGAUGACAAGAAAACUGAGUGUAGCUUCAUACAGAAUCUAGUUCCAAGACAAAGAUGCAGAGAUUUGGUUUUGUACUUGGCAGGGAUUCUGGUAGGAGGAUGAAGGGGUAAGAUUUGGUCAAUGUUGUACAAAUUCAUAUCCUCCAGUGCAAUAUACAUAGGGGGAAAAAAAAAACCCAACACCCCACCCCACUCUGUACUUUGUAUAGAUUAGUUUUUAACUGGAUUAAACUGAAAUUCAGUGCAGUGA